AUGUCGGUUAUGCUAGAUACCACAUCGUCCCGACUCUUUCAGACUACACGCAACGGAUUCCAAGCCAAAUGCCAGCAGCUCAUUGACGACAUCCUACACAAUGGCUUAUCGCUCGAGAACGAACUCGACGGUAGGGUAGGUCAGCUUCAUAGGUCAUUGGAACAACUUAAGCGAGCCGGCCAGAUGAUGGCCAUUGAUUCCCCGACAAAUGAGCUUGUGGGUGUUGUACCUGCUGGAUUUUUCACCGUUCUGAUCGACCGUCCCGGACAGAACCCUAUGUCCGAGUUUGAUUGGGCCUGCAUCUAUACCGCUGACACUUUGAACAUGCUGACUAGUGAGUUUAUGCGCCACAGGGCCCCUGCUGAAGUCGCCCGCAACCUCGAGACUCAGUCAUUUCUCUGGGAUUUAGUUGUCCCGUUCCCUCCUACGAUUUCCCAGGCUGAGGAUUCUGCCCCGCGGCCAUAUGUGAAUGCUCUUCGGAUCCCUCGUCCGGCUAGUUUCGCUCGUAUGCAUUCUCGAAUUCCGGUGCGGCCUCGUCUUCCUCCCCCCGUCGACACUUAUUUGGCUUAUAACCGGCCGGUUCCUGGUCCUUAUACCCCUGCAUUGCCCCCACGACCGGUCGAUGAGUUCGUGUCGGAUUCUGAACCUGAGUCCCCUCCAGAUCCUAGCACUAUGGGUCUUUAUAGAAGACCUAGUUUACAACCUCGGUAA